AUGACCGAAGGACAAUCAACACCUCAACUGGCUCCGGCCGCCCAAGCUCCCCUCAGAUCGCAGAAAAUCACGGAAAUUAUUUCGAACUUUCGUCCCGCCAAGGGAUUUAACCCCUGCAAGAAAGAACCGUCGAAAUACGUGACCUCUCUAGACUUUGAUGACCAAGGCGACUAUCUAGUCGGCGCUGGUAGUGACGAAAGCAUUCAUACCUACGACGUGAAAGAGGGCAAAUUUACCAAAUCAGUUGCUAGCAAAAAAUAUGGCGUUCACCUUGCGCGGUUCACCCACCACUCUCGACAAGUCCUCCAUGCGAGUACUAAGGUUGACAACAAUCUGCGACUCUUGGACCUUCACAAUGAGGGCUACAUUCGAUACUUUACUGGAGUCACCGACCAAGUAACCUGUUUAGCCCUUUCUCCCGCCAGCGACGCCUUUCUUUCAUGCAGCAAGGACGAUACAGUGACGUUGUGGGAUCUGAACUCAAGGAACCCACAGGGAAAGCUCAAAAUUGCGACCCCAUAUCUAUCGGCCUUUGAUAAUUCCGGCGCAGUGAUUGCAAUCGCCUCUCAAUCUACCUCCGUCGUGCUUCUUUACGAUUUCCGCAACUUCGACAAGUCGCCCUUUUCCACCUUUGACCUUGCGCCGUGGGAAGAGAGAUUCACGCCGUCGACACGGGGACGAGCCUGGACUCGAUUGGAGUUCUCUAACGAUGGGAAGUCUUUGCUGCUUGGAACAGACUACCACGGCCACUACGUUCUAGAUGCCUACGAGGGAACAGUCAAGGCCUUCUUGGCUGGGAAGGGCGGAGCCUCUGGUCGUGCUGCACCAAUUUCCACGACCGGUAAACCCCUCGGACAAGGGGAUGCAUGCUUUUCCCCCGAUGGUAGAUUCGUUAUUGGCGGAAAUGGUGAGCAGCCUGGUAUGCUUGUAUGGGAUAUCAGCCGUGCGAGUGAGGCAGAACCUACACUGCAGCCCACUCACAGGUUGGACUACGCGAAACGCAUCGCCAUGGUAGAAUGGAACCCUCGGUACAAUAUGAUCGCCAGUGCCGACAAAGAAAUCGCCUUUUGGAUACCGGAAGAUCAUGCCAAAUCUUCCGAAAAGUAA